AUGAAGCUCAAAGAGAUAGACCGCACUGCUAUGCAGGCCUGGAGUCCAGCCCAGCAUCAUCCCAUUUACCUGGCCACAGGCACGUCUGCUCAACAGCUAGAUGCAACCUUCAGCACCAAUGCGUCGCUGGAAAUAUUUGAACUGGACUUGACUGAUCCUUCGCUGGACAUGAAGUCCUGUGCCACUUAUUCCUCUGCUCACAGGUAUCACAAACUAAUAUGGGGUCCUCACAAGAUGGCGCCCGAUGGGAGUGUUUCAGGCGUGCUCAUUGCAGGCGGCGAAAAUGGAAACAUCAUUUUGUAUGAUCCAGCUAAAAUAAUAGCUGGUGACAGUGAAGUUGUGAUUGCACAGAAGGACAAACACACUGGGCCCGUGAGAGCGCUGGAUGUCAACAUAUUCCAGACAAACUUAGUAGCAUCAGGAGCAAAUGAGUCUGAGAUCUACAUCUGGGACUUGAACAACUUUGCGACACCAAUGACACCUGGAGCCAAGACGCAGCCUCCUGAAGAUAUCAGCUGUAUUGCAUGGAACCGACAGGUACAGCAUAUCUUGGCUUCUGCUAGCCCCAGUGGCCGUGCCACAGUGUGGGAUCUCAGGAAAAAUGAACCUAUCAUCAAAGUCAGCGACCACAAUAACCGGAUGCAUUGCUCAGGGCUGGCUUGGCAUCCGGAUAUUGCUACCCAAAUGGUUCUGGCUUCAGAAGAUGACAGGUUGCCUGUAAUUCAGAUAUGGGACCUUAGGUUUGCAUCGUCUCCUCUCCGUGUUCUGGAAAACCACGCAAGGGGCAUUUUGACCAUUGCUUGGAGCAUGGCGGAUCCUGAGCUUCUACUGAGCUGUGGGAAGGAUGCUAAAAUACUCUGUUCCAAUCCAAACACUGGAGAGGUGUUAUAUGAGCUUCCCACCAACUCCCAGUGGUGCUUUGAUAUUCAGUGGUGUCCCAGAAACCCCGCGCUCCUCUCUGCAGCUUCUUUCGACGGGUGGAUCAGUGUCUACUCCAUUAUGGGUGGAAGCACAGACAGCCUAAGGCAGAAACAGGCCGAUAAGCUCUCGUCAUCCUUUGGGAACCUCGACCCGUUUGGGACGGGCCAGCCUCUCCCUCCUCUGCAGCUUCCGCAGCAGACGACUCCCCAGAGCGUGGUCCUGCCUCUGAAGAAGCCGCCCAAGUGGAUUCGCCGACCUGUGGGCGCAACCUUUUCGUUUGGAGGGAAGCUAGUUACAUUUGAGAACACAAAGCCUCAGCAGCAAGGAGCGGAGCCGCCACCGCGUUAUCAUGUCUACGUCAGUCAAGUUGUCACCGAGAAGGAGUUCUUGAACCGUUCGGAUCAGCUGCAGGAGGCCGUUCGGGCGGAAGCUUUCGUUGUCUAUUGUCAGAAGAAAAUCGAUGCUGCCAAGAACAACUUCGAGAGGAAUGUGUGGUCUUUCUUGAAGGUGCAUUUUGAAGAGAAUUCACGUGGCAAAUACCUAGAACUGCUGGGGUACAAGAGAGAGGAUUUGGGAAAGAAGAUUACAUCAGCUCUCAAUAAGGAAAGCCUUCAUCCAAGAGAGCAGGAGGAGACUCUUGAGGAAUCUGACCAACCUGCAGAGAGUGAUGGCGAAGAGGGUCUGGCUGCUAAGGAUCAGCUCUUGGGAGAGAAUGCAAAAGAAGAGACCGAGGCCCCGCUGGCUACGAAGGAAACCUUUAACAUUUCCAUCACUGGAGAUAUCGACGGCCUGAUAACUCAGGCAUUGCUGACUGGUAACUUUGAGAGUGCCGUUGACCUCUGCCUCCAUGAUAAUCGCAUGGCUGACGCCAUUAUCCUAGCUAUAGCUGGCGGCCAGGAACUUCUGUCGAGGACACAGAAGAAAUACUUUGCGAAGACACGAGGCAAGAUCACUAGGCUCAUCACGGCUGUUGUGACCAAGAACUGGAGGGAAAUCGUGCAGUCGUGUGACCUGCAAAAUUGGAAGGAAGCUCUGGCUGCAGUGUUGACUUAUGCUAGGCCGGAUGAAUUUUCAGCUCUCUGUGAUUUGUUGGGUACUAGACUUGAAAGCGAAGGGGAUAGCCUUCUGCAAACCCAGGCUUGCCUGUGCUACAUCUGUGCUGGGAACGUAGAGAAACUGGUCGCCUGCUGGACUAAAGCUCAGGAUGGAAACAACCCUCUCUCUCUUCAGGACCUCAUUGAGAAAGUGGUGAUCUUGCGCAAGGCGGUGCAGCUGACGCAGGCAAUGGAUGCAGACGCCGUCGGGGCCCUUCUGGCUGAGAAGAUGAGCCAGUAUGCCAACCUCUUGGCGUCCCAGGGCAGUGUGGCAGCUGCUUUGGCUUUCCUCCCUGCUAACACCAACCAGCCAAACAUCGUGUUGUUGCGGGACAGGAUUUGUAGAGCUCAAGGAGAACUUCCCAUGGGCCAGGAGGCUCCGAAGGCACCUUACGAGAGGCAGCCUGUGGACAAGGGGAGAGCUGGGCCCACAGGUGGACAGAUGCCGCAGGUCCCAGGCCAGCAGUAUUACCAGCAGGUUAGAGUUGCCCCUACUGUCACUACCUGGAGUAACAAAAACCCCACUGCCCUUCCCAGCCAUCCUUCCGCCGCCUCUCCCUCUGAGACACAGGGAGAAAACCCUCCUCCUCCUCCAGGGUUUAUUAUGCAAGGAAAUGUCAAUCCCAAUGCACCACCACAUCAGCCUACAUCUUCUGGUUACAAUAUGUACUCGCAGGUGGGAGCGCGGCAGGCUUACCCGCAGCCUUGCCAGCCAGCGCAGCAAUAUCCUUUCAGGACAGGGGGGCCGCCGCUCUACCAGCCCCAACAGCCUCUCGCCCCUCCCGCUUCAACCUCUUACGUUAACCCUUCCCCUCUGUACGUCCCCUCUAACCCUCCCAGUUCCCUGCCUUCUCAGUUAUAUCCGGCACAGCCCCAGGCCUCUCCGACGACCUUGAAUCCAAGCUCUUCUCUUCCCCCUCCUCCUUCCGGUGCCUCCUUCCAGCAUGCCAGGCCAGGAGCCCCAGCAUCCGCUGUGCCGUACGGGCCGCCUCCUGGACCAACAGGUACAGAGCCUGCCGCCUGUGAGCUUCCUGCAUCCCAAAGAACAGAGUUUCAGUCCGUACAAGACCAGGCCAGUAUCCUGCAAGGACCUCAGAAUGGCUGGAAUGACCCACCUGCUUUGAACAGAGUUGCGAAGAAAAAAAAGAUACCCGACAACUUCAUGCCUCCGGUUCCUAUCACAUCGCCAAUAAUGAACCCUUUGCCAGACCAACAAGGGCAGCUGCAGCAGCCCCCGACUUCGGCCAUGCCUCCGCCGCAAGCGCCGUUCCAGCCCGCGCAUCUCCCCCCGGGCCAGCCGGGUUUGCACAACCCUUUCCAGAAUGUUCCGCAGCCCGGCGGUCAGCCCCUCAUGCCUCCUGCCGCCUUGGCGGCCAGUAUGGAGGGAGCGCCAGGAGCUCCGAUCGGCAACACCAUACAGCACGUGCAGUCACUGCCAACGGAAAAGAUAACAAAAAAGCCGAUUCCUGAAGAACACCUUAUCCUCAAGACCACAUUUGAAGCUCUGAUCCAGAGAUGCCUCUCUUCAGCUACAGAUCCGCAAACCAAGAGAAAACUAGAUGAUGCCAACAAACGCCUGGAGUUUCUGUACGACAAACUUCGAGACCAGACGCUCUCCCCGAUGAUCAUCAGCGGCCUGCACAACAUUGCCAGGAGCAUCGAAACCCGGAACUACAUGGAGGGCCUGAACUUCCACACCCACAUAGUCAGCACCAGCAACUUCAGCGAGACAUCGGCCUUCAUGCCGGUGCUGAAAGUCGUCCUCACCCAGGCCAACAAACUGGGGGUGUGA